AUGCGUAUGUCGACUGAUGAAGACGGACCUCCACUUUCAAUAUUCAUUUUUGUCAUAGCUCUCUUGUUUCUUAGUGGUUUCGUUUGGAUAUUCUGUUGUGGCACAUGCGUUGGCAGAGAUGCAGCACGUGCAUGUGGGCUGGGAAGGUGCGUGCCAAAGAAUGAUGGAGGACGUAGAAAAACACGGAGAACCGGACCCAUCAGAACAGUAGACGAUGUCGGACAAGAGGCAUGGGAGAUGUUGGAGGAAGGCCUUUACGUCGAUGACGAGAUUUGGAAUACAGUUGAGGAAGAAUUAUGA